AUGAGUCCUCUAAUAGUAGAUACCUAUGAUUGCGUCUAUUUAAGACCACAAGCAACCAGCACCUAUUAUUAUCCCUUGGGAAUGACGUGGAAAUAUGUGACAAGUUCGAAAUCAAGUGGAUGUUUUGGUAGUACAAAAAAAUAUACUUUGACCCCAGAAAUAUACUACUACCCAUAUUACUAUUAUUAUGUUUAUUACACUCCCGCCGAAUUGCCCACUAUCACUAUAUGCGACAAAAAAAAAAGUAAAGAUAAGAAAAAAGAAAAAAAUGAAAACAAGGAAGAGUCAAAAGACAAACUUUCAAAGGAAGGUAGUGAUAGCGAGGAAUCAUCAAAAAAUAGUUCAGGCAAAAAAAAGUAUGAAUAUGUUGAUAGAGAAAGGGUGGUGAAGACUUAUGUACCUGUAGUAGAACCCUUUUAUUACACCAGCAGUUACUACGUUCCACGUGCAAUCCUUUUUCCAUAG